AUGGGAACUACGCUAAAUAUAAUCGGAGUAUUAUUUAUUUCAAUUCUUAUCGAUUUUUUGGAAUUUACAAUUAUUUUACCAUUAUUACCGAAAAUAUUAACUUAUUAUGGACGUGGUAAUGAUGUUCAUCAAGAUUCAUUGUAUGCUCAAACAAUUUCAUUUGUUCAAUUUAUUCGAGGUUUAACUGGUGCACCAAAUGAUGCUAAAUGGAAUUCUGUUUUAUUUGGAGGUCUAAUUGGAUCGCUUUUUUCGUUUCUGCAAUUUUUUUCAUCAACAUUAUGUGGUGCUGCAUCUGAUCGUUAUGGUCGAAAACCAGUGCUUCUUCUUUCAAUGAUAGGCAUAUCACUUUCAUAUGUUAUAUGGUGUGUUUCAUUUAACUUAACUAUUUUUAUGUUAGCACGUAUUAUUGGUGGAUUUUCAAAAGCAAAUGUUGCUAUAAUAUUAGCUAUUGUUUCCGAUUCUACUACAGAAAAUGAACGAAAUCGAGCAAUGGCAUGGAUUGGUGCAGCUUUUUCACUUGGUUUUAUAUUUGGACCGUUACUUGGUGCAUUGUGUAGUCAAUGGGGUAUUGCUUAUUGGCCAAAAUCAACAGUGAUAUUUUUUAUUUUUCCUGCUAUUGUGUCACUUAUAUUAUCAUUGAUUAAUAUCGUUUUUAUCAGUCAAUAUUGUCCAGAGACAUUACCAGUAUCAAAACGAGUAAGAAUUUUUUCUUAUUUAACUAUUUUACGUCGAUUGGGUUUAGCAAGUUUUUUUUAUAUGAUUAUAUUUGCUGGUUUAGAAUUUACAAUUACUUUUCUUGUUUAUAAUCGAUUUAAUUGGAAUAGCAUGAAACAAGGAAAAAUGUUUUUUAUUAUGGGUUUAUGCAUGGCAUUAGUACAAGGUGGUUAUGUAAGACGAAUACCACAUGGCAAAGAGAUUACUGCAGCUAUAAGUGUAAAAGUUUAG